AGAAGGUUGUGACGUCUAAUACAAGCGACUCCAUGAGGCAGAAGAUGGCUGCUCUUGGCAGGGUGCUGGUCUUCCCUCAGAAAAGAAAUACUCCAGUAGGACAGUUUCUUGGUGAACAUCUUGCCCGUUUUCUUCAUACUGGCCUUCCAGUACUAGCAGCAAAAGAGCUUCUGGUGAAGCUUAGGAAGAAAACUGGUUACUCAUAUGUAAACUGUAAGAAAGCCUUGGAGAAAUUUGAUGAUGAUCUUAAAGAGGCUGAAAUCUGGCUUCAUGAACAAGCCCAAAAGGAGGGCUGGAGCAAAGCUUCCAAACUGCAAGGGAGGAAGACGAAGGAAGGGCUGAUAGGGCUGCUACAGGAGGCAAACUCGGCGGUGAUGGUGGAGGUAAACUGUGAAACAGACUUUGUGGCCCGAAAUGCCAGGUUUCAACACCUUGUUCAACAAGCAGCAAUUGGAACAAUGAACCAUUAUCAGGGGACCAUGAACCAAUUAAACACAUAUGCAAAGUGUUUCUUAAAUUCGAAUGAGCUUUCUCAGCUGAGGAUUGGGCCAGAUGGAUCCUUACUUAGCGACCAGCUCGCUUUGUCUAUUGGCAAACUGGGUGAGAACAUGAUUAUUAAGAGGGCAGUGUGGGUGUCGGUGCCAGAGAACAACUUCAUCGGCUCUUACGUACACGGAGCUCCCCCAGAAGGAAAUCCUCUGCUGCCUCAUACAAUGUUGGGCAAAUAUGGUGCCUUGGUGGUCUGUAGCCCCUCUGAGCAAUGCCCCAAGUCAGACUUUCCUGAGCUCGGCUGGAGGCUGGGCCAGCAUGUGGUGGGCAUGGCUCCCCUCUCUGUCGGCUCUCUGGAGGAUGAACUCGGGGGAGAGUCUGAAACAAAGAUGCUUUCCCAGCCCUUCCUCCUGGACCCCACAAUUUCCUUGGGACAGUAUAUUCAGCCCAGAGGCGUAUCUGUGCUGGACUUCGUGAGGUUUGAAUGUGGAGAAGAUACAGAAUCAUUGGAGUCAGAAUAGGCCAUUUUUUCCACUGAAAAAGUGAACUGUUCCCUCUUCCACUUGAGUCCUGGUGUGGUUAACAGAUGUGGCUGGUAACAAAUGAAUUGUUAUAUUGGUUGUCUAGAGGAGUCAACCAGCAAAUAUAAAAUCUCUUUUCCAA